UCAGUCUUUACAGUCAACCACGAACUCUUCAAGAUGGCAGAAUCUCCAAAGGUAGCCAUAAUUACUGGUGGAGCCUCCGGCAUGGGCCUCGCUGUCGCCCGUACUCUCGCCAACCGCCCCGACUGGCACGUCGCCAUCCUCGAUCUCCACGAGCGCGACGCUCUCACCACUCUCGGCGCCGCCUCAUCAUUCCACCGCGCCAACGUCUCCUCCUACGACUCCCUCGCCUCAGUCUUCCACGAGAUCUACACCACGCACAAGCGCCUCGACUUCGUCUUCGCCAACGCCGGCAUUGCCGAACACGCCAACUUCUACGCUAUCCACGACGUCGACGGACCCCCGCCCCCCGUGACUGGCCUUGACCCCAUCGUCGAUAUCGACUUGAAGUCUGUGGUCAUGACAGCUUAUCUGGCGCUGUACUACUUCCGGAAGAGUCCCGGUGAAACGCGGGACAAGAGCAUCGUCAUGACAGCGAGCUGUGGCGGUCUCUACCCCUCGUACUACUCGCCCAUCUACACGGCCACCAAACACGGCGUCGUCGGCUUCAUGCGCAGCAUCGCGCGCCAUUUCUUCCUGCAAGAGGGGAUCCGCGUGAACGCGGUGUGUCCGGGCAUCGUGCGGACGAAUCUGCUGGAUGCGAAGGAGUGGGCGAAUUUCCCGGAUGCGUAUUUCACGCCGGUGGAGAAGAUCGCGGAGACGGUGGUUAUGAUGGUGGAUGGGAUGGAUGAACAGGUGAAGGUGGAGGGGCAGAUUUGGGGGAAGGCGGUCGAGGUGAGUGGGGUCAAGCAUUAUUAUAGGGAUGCGCCGGAGUUUUGUGAUGAGGCGAUGCGGGCGGUGAUGGGAGCGACAGAUAUUGUGGAGUUGAAGACUUGAUGGGUUGGUGGGUGGUAAAGGGGGGGCAGAUUGGGAUACCCUAGUUAGUACGACCUGAG